ACGAAGUUCGCGGGACGAUGCUGUUGUAAACAAAACUGCUCUCAUCCUCGUAUAUGUUAAUAAUUAUUUAUAGUGUUUAGAGGCUUCAAGGGUAAACAUGACAUCUCUCUUACCAUCAGAACUAGCGCGCCUUGUAUUAGGGUUUUUAGAGGAAAAACGAUGUAAAAAAGCAGCAGAAUGCCUGCUAAAAGAAUUACCAGAGUUGGCAGAAUGUGCUCAACUGCGAAGAAGAGGAAGAAAAGUCAGCACACUCAUUGGAAGCAAAUCACUGGAAGACAUGUUAAAUGAUUACACUGAUACCAAAGACCAUGUAUUAGAUUGCACGAAUAAUUACCCAGCAUCUUUUCACAAAAUAUCGAGUGCUGAGAGUUUAUGCCAGCAAGUUAACAAAAUUACGUCUAUUAUUAUAGAGAAUAAACAUCUUCUUAAUAAACAGGGCACGUCUUUAGGUGUAAUUGGUAAAACAAAGCAGAUCUCUCGCACAGUUCAGUUGCAAAAAGAACUUCUCAAUCCAUCGUCUUCCUCCAGCACACCGUCUCGACCUAUUGUGAUGGAGAUAAACGCCACACCUUCUGAAAGUCUUCCUGGGUCGUCCUGUCGUGAACCAAUUCGUGUGGAAAUUAUGACAGGGGCUCAUUCAACUAGAUCACCUCAGUAUGAAAAUAGACAAAAUCAUUCUCACUUCACCACCAGCAGCCCUCUUGCCACCCCACCAACAGUCACUCACACAAAUGCAGAAGAUGCAAGAGGAGACUCCCUUGGAGGUGAUUCCACAUCAAUGCCUUUAACUGGCCCAGAGUUUGACUUUACACCUCAGAAAAGAAAAAGUAGCCAAGUAAAGAGAAGAAGCCAAGGCUCAGACCUUACAACUAAAAUUAGCCCGUCUUUGGAUAAUGAAGCUAGCUUUGAGAAAAUAUUGAAAAAUUUAUUUGAGAACACAGCACUUCAUGAAAAGAUUGCAGAAAACAUUAACCGUGGUCUAAGCAGUCAGAAUAAAGCUUCAGGUACUGAAGGUGAAGAUGACGAGUCGUGUACUACCACAGGCAUUGAAGCUAAUGGUAGUAGCUGCAGUAAGAACAAGGAGGCUAGCAGCAUUAUUGCCAAGGGAGUUUCUGGUGCCAGUAGUAGAAGUAAAUACUCUGGAGAUGGGUUGUCAGCGAGCGCAGGUGGGGCCCUCAAAGAACUGGACCACCUUGUUACUGGGAUUAUCUCUGAAACUACAGCAGACCCAGCCUUUGAAUCACUUCUUGAUGAAGUGUUUGGUUCUCCAAUGGUAACCCCAAUAAAAAGUGACACAUCGCAGUCUAAUCAUGGCAGUGUGCAAGAUACUCCCUUAGCUCCUUCAAGGCUACUAUCAACACCAGUGCCACCAGCAUCAGCAACAGUGCCUCAGCCAAUUUCAACACUUUUUUCUCCUAACACUCAUUCUCAGCCCUCAUCUUCAACCUCUAUGACUGUCAGCCCAUCUUCCCCUCAUCGGUUACCUACCUCACCACAUCUUCAUUCAUCAACAUCCGAUGAAACACCACAUCAUUCUGUGUCGGACUUGGCUCCACACUGUCCUCAGGCAGUCCUGUCUCCAGAAGCUUCUCCGUCAUGCUCUGCUUCACAGGUGGUUACAGGAAUUUCUAAAACUUUCUCAAAAACUGCAUAUAAGAAAAAGCAGAAGAAAUUGAAAUGCGGAGACACAUUAGUUGCAAAGCGUCGGGCAACAAGGAGUGCCACCAGAAAUUCUCGGCUGAUUCCUACCCAAGGCAGAACAAAAAGCACCAUGACACCCAGUGAAAACAAUUCCUCACUCAGUUCUCAAGAAUCUGUUACCAGUACUUUGAAAGCUCAAAAAACUAGUCCUUCUGUGCCACAAAACAAUAAAUCUAAAAGUAAAAAGAGAAAACCUUCAAAGUGGAAAAAUAAAAUCUUGAAGGAGGAUGAAAAUAACCUUGGGGAACAACUGCUUCAGGAAUUUGCCGAGUUUCAGUCUUCUCGACCAGAUAAAGUCAGUGAAGGUGAAGACGAGGCAGAAUUGGGUAAGUCAGAUUCUGCUUCACUUGAAAAGAGAUUAAAUGAAAGUGAAAUUAGUGCAGAAUUUCAAUCUUCCUUUGUGGAAAAUGAAUUAAGUGUUUGUGGUAAUGUAGCUACUGACCCUAGUGAUAAGCUUGUCUCUGAGGUUCCUGGAGAAGCUCCUGUCUGUGUAGCUCAAGAACCCUGUGAGCAUUCUCCAUACCAUAUUAGUCACAAGGACUCUCCGGUUGGUGAAAAUGCUCAGCCUGGAGCUGCAGCAGCAGCAGCAGUGGCAAGUGUAUCUAGUUUGGUUAAAUCAACUAGUCCAGACAAAAGAAAUAAUCUUUCAUCUAACAUACAGACUUUGGAAAACUCAGAAAAUAUUUCAGAUUCAGUCCAAGGAACCUUACCAUUAACAGAGCCUCUUCAAAUUCUUCCAUAUACUGAAACUCUUCCAAUUCUUGAACCCUCUGAAAAUUAUGAUAAUGAUAUGGGUCUCCUAGCCAUGGUACCUACAACCACCCUUCCUAUUCGAAGUAAUACAAUACCAGGCAUUGCUACAUCAUCUUCACUGUGUUGUGCUACCUCUGCUCUGGAUCAGGAGCAGUAUACAUUAACUGAACUUACUCCCGUUAAUCCACAUGAAAUAACUUCCUUGGAAGGUUCAUACUGUGUAGAUGAAGGAACAGGAUUACUCUAUCCUGCACCCAUGCAAGGUGAGGCUUCAGGCAAAACUUAUUCUAUAGUUGCUCCAUCAUCGUCAUCAUUAAUUUCUGCUCCUUCAAACACAUUAGUAACACAAAAUGCUUCUGCUGGAGUUCUACCAAGGUUUGACAGUGGUAUGUGUAGUUAUGGAGAAGUUGGCCAAGAGAGAGAGUCGACGCCUUUUUCACAACCUGUAAAAGGAAAUACUGGAGAUGUGACAACCAUUCUGCUUCCCCCAGUCGCAAAGGAGCAGAUCAGCCAAGGGUGCAUCAUUACAUUUUGUAGUGGAGCUGAAAAUCAAGGUCGGCAAACAAGCACGAUGGUUCUUCACUUGCCAGCUCCCGAACAGUCAACCAUACCUGUCAUGGCUCGGCCUUUUGAGAUUGGUUAUGGAGAGAUAAAUCCAGUCGCAAAUAAAAUACACGUUCUUGAAUUGAAUCCAGAAACAUGUACCUUACCUGCAGAAUAUAAUAGGAGGAACUACUCUCCGAAUGGUUGGAGAAGACCCCCUAUCCUCAUAGCUCCUAAAGGCAACCCAUCAAACAUUCAACAAGCAGAGGUAUCAGCUGGUGGUGAUGGGAAGUUUCAGUCUACCACUACCUUCACCUUGCCCAAUAAUGUAAGCUUCUCUUUGCCAAGUGUUGACAGUUCUGACAGUUCUCUCAGGAAGACAAACAAAUCUAAUAAGAAAAGUACUGCAUUAAAGAAAAAUGAUACAAAACAAUUUUGCAAAACACAGAAAAAAUCCCCACCUGGGAGGCAAAUUGACAUGACCAAGAUAAAAAAGCGGGGUGUUGGCAAAACUAGGAAGAGAACGAAACGAAUGCAGAAAGAAGUUGAUGAAGCUGUAUUGAGCAGCAAUAUUGUAGCAACAGCCUUUUCUGUUGCACUCAGUUCAGUAACUCCAAGUAAAGAUAAUGAGAUGUGUAAUAAUAGUAAAUCUCCUAGAUUGUGUGAUGAAGUAAUGUCAUCACCUCCCACGGAUGACACACACACUACUGCAAAGCAAUCUAAACAAAAUUCUUCGUUGAUUCACAAUAAUCACAGUGAAAUAAUACCUAAUGAUGAGCAAGCGGAUAUGGGAAAGAACCAGACUCAAAGAGCAGUCACAGACCAAAUCAUAUUAAAGACCAGUUUAAAUGAUGGUGAAGAUACUAAUGCAGAACUAACAACAAAAUCCCCCAAUGAUGCCAUUUGUAGUAAUGAUAACCAGAAAGAAUAUCUUGAAUCAAAUUUGACUGAGUUACAAGGCUGUAGUUAUGAUUUAGUCAAGCCAUCAAGCAGUAUAUCCAACACAGGCAGGUCUCCUAAAUUGAAAGCCCUUCUUCAACUUUCACAGAGUAUUUCUCCAUCUAAGAAGUUUGCUGCAAGAAGGAGAAUGUUUACAGCUUAUGAAAGCCCUCAUAUUAGGGAUCUUCCAAAGAAGGGAAGCCAGAGUACUCCAAGUUACAAAAACAGUCAUAUUAGAGCUCUGGAUUUCAGCACACCACAAAAACAGAAAACACCCAGUAGAUCUCCACAAAAAGCUAUAACCAGUUUGAAGUUUUCACCAAUUGGCAACAAAAAAAUAUCACCGAAGAGAGCAAUUAAAUCAACUUUUUCUAAAUCAUUGAGAUAUUCAAGCCUUAUAUCACCAAAGAAGGUUAUGGAAAAUAUACAAGAAGAAAGUGAUGCAGCCUUUCUGGUUCCUGAAUCUAAGAAAAAAAAUAAAUCUGAUGAAGAAUCUAUACAAAAUAUGAAAGUACACUACAAGAAGCCAUUGAAUUUGUCCAGACUAAAACAAAAUGGAACCAGGACAGAUAAUUGUGAUAACGAGUUAAAAAGUGAUUCCUUAUGUUCUGCGAGUGAUGCAGUACAGUCAAACAAACACCCGCCGGAUUGUCAGUUAGAUACAGAAGAUGAGGAAAAUUUUGUUUUGCGCAUUGAUGAUGAUGACAGCCAAAGUUCAGGUAUUGAAACUCUAGCCACAGAUGCUGGUAGUGUGGAACUGUUUGACUUGCCCAAUGAAACUGGCAGCGUUCAGAAUCAACCGCAGGUUCAUCGUGUAGAAUUUAAACACAGUCAAGAGAAGGAAACUGGAAUUAGCAAAUCUACAGGUGCAAAUGAGUCUUGUAUUUUAUCAGAAAAAGUACAAACAGGUUUCACAGAUUCAUCUUGUGUGCUUGAUCUGUUUGAUAAAGCAAAAAUAAAGCAGCUGAAGACCCCAGGGAAGGCUGGUGAACUUUCAUUAUCACAGUGUAAGGAAGUCCUGCCCAUGACUCCUGUGUGUUUGCAACCUGUAACCCCAUUUUUUCCUAGUGAAUAUAGACCUCCUUCUCAGGAUGAUAAGGAUCUUAACACUCCACUUCUGCCCAGCCUUCCUCAAAUGCCUGCAGCUAUAUCUCCUCUCUUUAAAGAUUAUCCACAGGGACCUUAUUCAAAUAGCUCCAUUGGCACGUCUUACUACAUGCCGUCUGAGCGUUCCUUAACAACAGACUCUGAAGGGUAUUCACCGUCUAGGUUAGGAACUGUGUGGGAAACAACCUUGUCAGAAAAGCUUAGUGCUGACUGUAGUGUAGAAAGCAAUGCUGAUUGGAGCAAAUUUAAAUCAAACUCUGGCAUAAGCCCAGCCAAAAUGUCAAGAAAAACUAUGGGAGAGGUUAUUGAGAAGGAAAUGAUUAAAUUAUUUUCAGAAGAUAACAAUGAUACAGAUUGCAAUGUUCAAUCCCAGAAUUCUUGUAGUAAUGACCAUCCUUCUACAAGUUUAGAGCUUUCAUACACUACUGAGAAAAAGGACAAAGACCCUUCAAAAGGUAAACAGGUAAAGCAAAAGAGAGUACCAUCAAAAAAAUAUCAAAGUCUUGAGUCAACAUAUUCUGAAGAUGAAGAUGACCAUGGUGAGAUCCAAGAAGACAAGUCUGUAAAGUCUAUUGUGAAUAGAAAACUUAAACCUAUUGGAGCUAUCUCUGGGCCAAGAGCCAAAGGUAAGAAGGGCAAAGGGAUAGUUGACAUUGUGCAGAAUAAUUGUUCAACCUUGGUUAUGAAAAGGUCAUCUGAGAAAAGGGCACUAAAAAGACAGAAAGCGGUAAUUAGAGAAAAUAAUGAGCGCACUCUUGCAGAGCAUGAUACAGAAAGCUCUGCUAUUUUUACAGCAGAGACCAGAAGACAAAGUAAGAAAAAAGGUAAAGCAAAGUGUGUAAAGACUAAAAAACCUAUGAAGAAUGUCAUGGGUGAAAGUAAUGAGGCAUUGAUGGAGCAGGCAAGCAGUAUUGAUGUUAGUCCACUUAUUGCUAUAAGAAACACAUCAGUACUUGGCAUUACAAAUAAAUUGCCUAAGAAUGCUGCAAAAACUCAAAACGUAAAGGUAUGUUCUCCAAAGAAAAUUAUUGAAGACAUUAAUGCAACAUUGUCUAAUAGUUCAGACACCAUAUCCUCAGUAACCAGCUUGUACCAAGAAAAUGAUUUAGUGUUGCCAAGCAAGUCAGUAAACCAAAUACAGGAUGAUCAUUCUUUUUCAAAUGAAAGAAUACAAAAUCCAAUUUGCCAAAGUUUAAAUAUUAGCUCUUCAGAAAAUAAGACAACAAAAAUUUCUCCGGUUAACACUAAGACAAAACAAGUAAAUUAUAUUUUUGGUUCCGAUAUCAGCUUUACUGAUGAAUCUGAAUCUGAGAUGAAAGAAAGCGAAACCAAAUUCACAAAGACAAGCCGUAAAAUGCAUCUGAAGAUUAAGAAGGAACCCAGAAAAGAUGGUGGCAAUAAAAGAAAGAAAUCAUGCAUAGGUGAACAAAGUCCGUUAAAAGGUCAACGUCGGACAUCCAGAAUACCUAAGACUUUGUCAAAGGAAAAGUCCCCUACUGUGAAGGCAAGCAAGGUUAAAAAAAAUGCUAGAGCUCCUAAUGCAGGAAAAAGAACACCCAGAGGAAGGGGGAAAAUUCUCAAUAUAGAUGUCAGAGAAGUAUCAAUAGAGGCUAUAGUUACUGGCAUAAAUACUUCUAGAAAUACUCCCCCUGAAGUAGCGGCAUUUGAUACAAUGGUGAGUGAAGCAAAAGGAGAGGUAGAUGUGGCUAGCAGAAGAGGCAGGGGCAGAGGUAGGGGCAGAGGUAGGGGCAGGGGCAGGGGCAGGGGAAGAGGCAGAGGAAGGGGAAGAAACUCUAAAAUUAUGAACAUAACAGAUAUGGAGAGCAGUUUGGGAAAUGCUGAAUGCUCUGCAGACCUAGGAAUGCAAUUACCUGGGAAUGAACUGAAAUUAUUAGGUGUUGCUGAAUUACAUGCAUUUCCUGAAAUUCAUGAUUACAUGCUUGAGGGAAAAGAGAUAUAUAGUACAAACUCUGAAAACAGUCCCCAAGAAAAUAUAAUUUCUGAAGCAAGUCACCAAGCAAAACAUUAUACAACUCCUUUUUCUUCUUGGGGCUCUGGAUUGAAAAGGAAGAAGUCCAAACCAGAGAAUCCAAAGUCAUCUGAAGAUCUUAAAUCCCGGUGGUCAUCUAGCAUUGCAUAUUAUUCGUCUACCUCAGACAUUAAUAUUACUGAUACUGAGGAUGAAAGUCCCCAUCACGCACUGCUUCAGACUGCACCUCAACAGUUCCACCCCCACACCAAGACUCACACGGAAAGUAGUACAUGUGGUUAUUGGUCUUCUGGAUGUGCUCGCACUAUUAUAUAUCAAAAGAGUAUCUUGAAAGAUACACCUCAUCAUCAUUUGAGUGAAGAACUAGGCGAGAUUCGAAAUGUCACGCCAAAGCUCUCAAAACGUCAAAGGAUUGUCAGUAGUGGAUCUUGUUCUGGAGAAUCUCUUCCUGACCUAACAUGCACAACAGCCACUGAUAGUCAUUCAACUGACAUGGUUGAAUACAGAUCUCAAAGGAGCAUUGAUCCAUUGAUUUCAGAUCAAAUCAACCAGCAAAGAGAUACAACUAGAAGAAUUAUUACAUCCACAAAUGCCCCUCUUAUUUCUGAUAAUGACGGAGAGGAUAGUAAGCAGAUAUCAUUAUUAAAUAAAAUGGAUAUAGAUGGAUCAAGCAGUGGUCAUGCUUGGGAUAAAGCUAGCAGUUCUCAGAAUGAAACAAUAACACUUUGUGCACAGGACAGUGAGGGUGUAGCUCAAAUCUCUGCAGCCUCCAUAGCAUCAUUAUUAAAUGAUAAAAAUAUAUUAGAAUUAGAAAAACAGAUUAUCCUUGCUGAUCAAAAUUGCAGAAGUAUCAGUACUUGUGAGUUAUUAUCUGAUGUGCCACGAAAGUCACCAGUUGAAAAUAACAACAUAAGAAGGGAUUUAUCACUAAGAAAUGUGUGUGAAGAAGGUAAUGAUAAUGAAUCACCUAGGUCAGUUGAGAGCACAGGUGAUUUAUGGGAAUCUUCUGAGCAGAACUGUUUAAUGACCUAUAAGUCACUUCCUUCAACUCCAGAAAAGGAAAUGGGCCAAAUUUGCCAUUCAAUUGUCAAGAAAAGGAAAGCCUUGGUUGCUUUUCCAUCUCACCUUGAUCUGCCAUCAGUGAAAAAAUACUGCACUUCAUUACCUGAAAAAGGCGAGACUAGUCCUCAGCCUAUGAGUGAUAGUGAUUUAUUAACAACUGACACAGAAAAUGAAAACUGCAUAAAACCAUCUUCACGGGAUGGUAGGAGAAUGAGGAACUUAGCUACAGACUUUAAUAAAACUUGUAUUUCUCAAAGGCCUAGAGAAGCUUCACCUCUGAAAAAACGAGAGAAUAACCAUUGUUCUUUAAAUUCAUAUCCAUUACGUACAGUUGUAGAUAAAAGCCCUGGUAAAGAAGUAAGAGAAGGCAGCCAGGAAUUGAAUAUAGAUUCCAGCAAUCAAAAUAGGAGAGAAGAACAAGAAAGCAUUUUUGUUAUAAAUAGACCACAGGCGUGUGAUGAAUCUCAACCGAGUGAGUCACCUACUAUUGGUAGGAACAAAACAUCACAAGAGAGUGCAUCACCUACUGUUGAUGAGAAAACAUCACAAGAGAGUGCAUCACCUAAUGUUGAUAGAAACAAAACAUCACAAGAGAGUGCAUCACCUACUGUUGACGAAAAAACAUCACAAGAGAGUGCAUCACCUACUGCUGGUGGGAACAAAACAUCACAAGAGAGUGCAUCACCUACUGUUGAUGAGAAAACAUCACAAGAGAGUGCAUCACCUACCGUUGAUAGAAACAAAACAUCACAAGAGAGUGCAUCACCUACUGUUGAUGGAAACAAAACAUCACAAGAGAGUGCAUCACCUACUGUUUGUGGUAACAAAACAUCACAAGAGGGGGCAUCACCUACUGUUUGUGAUAACAAAACAUCACAAGAGGGGGCAUCACCUACUGUUUGUGGUAACAAAACAUCACAAGAGGGGGCAUCACCUACUGUUGAUAGAAACAAAACAUCACAGAGUGCAUCACCUACUGUUGAUAGAAACAAGACAUCACAAGAGAGUGCAUCACCAACUGUCGAUAGAAACAAAACAUCACAAGAGAGUGCAUCACCUACUGUUGAUAGAAACAAAACAUCACAAGAGAGUGCAUCACCAACUGUCGAUAGGAACAAAACACCACAAGAAAGUGCAUCACCUACUGUUGAUAGGAACAAAACACCACAAGAAAGUGCAUCACCUACUGUUGAUAGGAACAAAACACCACAAGAGAGUGCAUCACCUACUGUUGAUAGGAACAAAACACCACAAGAGAGUGCAUCACCAACUGUUGGUGGGAACAAAACAUCACGAGAGAGUGUUACACCCUUUGUUUGCAACAAAAUGUCACUUGAAAGUGUUGCACCCUCUGUUUGUAGCGGAACAUUACAAGAGAGUGCGUCACCUGUUAUUGUUGAUGAAGGGGCAUCAAAAGCGAGCCCGUCACCCACUGCUGUUGGAAAUGUAACAUCACUGGAGAAAGAUUGUCCCACUGUUGGUAAAAGAAUAUCACUAAAUAACAAAUCACCCACUGUUGUAGAGAAUGGCAACAGUCAGUCAAAAGUCUCUCUCUCUCUCACCGGUAAGGAACAUAGAGGUCAAGAGCAUUCAGAAAUUCUGCAUGAGCUUCAGCAGGAUAAAACUCCUGAUUAUGUAAAGUUGAAACUGACCCCACAGAAAGACUCAAAGACUGGAGAUGCAAAUAUUACAGUCUUAGACUCUUUUCAGGAUGACCCUUCUGAAAGUCUUAGCCAACCAGGCUACUUAGUUUCAAAGAUUUUGAAAGAAAAUAUUGAAACAAAUGUAGAAAAAGAUAGUAGUGAAGAUCGAAAGCUAAACAUUAAAGAAACAAAUCUUUAUCUUAAACAAAACACUGUUAAAGAACCUUUGACCAACUGUGAUGAAGAUGGUGUAGAAUACCAAGUGAUAGAUGAAGAUAGUGAUGUGUUGAGAAUGCAAGUGGCAUCUGAGAAUGUAAGUGAUAGUGAUGAUUGGGCUGAUUUAGUAACCUUAAAAGAUUCAAGUUUCAUAGAUUUGUUCAGUUUAAAUCUAGAAAAUAAGAAAAAAAGAACUAAAAGAAUAACAAGUACUCACCCCAAGAAAGGAAGUAGGCUCUUGAACAAUUGUGCAGCAAAAAAUAAGGUGGGAAUAGGUAAAAAGCGGAGCAAAGCGAAACAAACAUUAAUAUCUGGACAAGUGUGUGAAGUGAAUAAUGUAAAUAAAAGUGAAGGUAGGAAAAAGAAAACAUCAGAUGUAGCAGAAAACAUUGUAACACGAGCUGAGAGCUCAGUUCAGUCACCAGGUGAUGGAAAGACAAAUUUAAUUGAAAAAAAAUUACAUUUAGGUGUGAACUUAGCCAAUGCAAAUCUUCAUGAAGCUUCUAUUGAUAAAUCAAGUGAUGUUGUAAAUAGCCUUUCAAAUAAAAAAAGAUCAAGAGAAGAUUCUUAUGAAGAGAAGAAUACAUUAAUGGAAAGAACGGAAUCUAAUCAAAGGUCUCAGAAGAAGAGGCGUAGGAUUCAGCCAAUCAAGAUAGGAGAGGUAGAGAAAUAUUCCAAGCAAGCUAGAAAGUUACGGACUGAGAGGAAAGACAACAGAGGACCAUUUUCUGAAUCAGAAGAGGCCAGAGCUGGUGGUAGAAGAAAAGAAUGCUUUCAAGUGGGUGAACACGAUGAUGGCAAUAUGAACAUGCAUGAAAGGGCUUUUGGAUACGAGUCAGAUUCUCUGAGGCGUGAGGUGCUUUUGUGCUCAGCAGGUGGCAGUGCAAGUGAACGCAGUGCCAGUUCAUUGUCAAGUGCGAGUCCUGGACGUCUUUUGAUCUCUGAGUCUCCCAGGGACAUUGAGACUUCUCCAGCUCAACACACUGAGCCAAGCACAGUCUCCUUAUCUCUGUCCCAUGCGUCUGCAUCACCAGUCAAUAAAUGUCAGUCUGCCAAGGCUAAUGACCCUGAUUGUCUAACAAUAUGCAAGAUCACUCCAUUGACUGUCGGUCAUCACAGGCAAAAAGUAGACAGACUAGAAAGGAUACAGGAAGCUAAUGAUGGUGAACAAUUGAGUAGAAUAUCAAAUAGUUAUCUCAUAGAAUCUGAGACUUCAAGAGAACUUGAAGAAGACUUUGGCUGUGGCAGACAAAGAAGAGCACGGCAUAUGACACGUGAACUGUUCAGUGGUGGAAGCCUAGAAAUUGCCCAUGUUCCAGAGAAGCAGUUGGCAAUAAUGACUAAUCAUGACCAUGAGGCAAACAGCUUUCAUUUGAGUGAAGAGAGUGUAAACAGCUUAUGUUCUAUGCCUCCCACCCCUGGAAAACACAUGUGUAUGCCUCCAGUCCCUGUCUCAGCAAUAGCAUUAAACAGCAGCUGCAGCUCUGACUCUCAUGUCAUGCAACAAUCAGCGGCACUUCCUCUCAAGAAACGCAAGAAGAUAGAGUAUUUCCCAGAACAACUGAAGAGGAGACAAGCACAGAAAUUAGCCAAAAAAAUUAACAUAAACAAGUUCCUUGACAAAAUCUACUGUAGUCAACAGAAACCUAUGAACCCAAUGAGUGAAGGUCAGUAGUGGGUGCAAGAACCCUAAUGAAAAUUGAUGACCAAACCACACAUCAGAAAAUAAAGAAACAAUGGUGUAUCGCUCUGUUCUGGACCAUUAUCGACUUGAUAAUGGUCCAGGACAAGCCAAAACGUCAUCGUUUCUCCAUUUUUUGAUGCAUGGUUUGGUUAUCAUAUCAUCACCCACGUUUUUGCAACUCACCUCUCUAGUGAAAAAAAAAUUAGAAAGACACAAGAACUUUGCACAUAUGACUACUGUGGCAAUAAAAGGGAAGACUGAAUAAGAUUCGAGAUCUUCAGAAAAAGUUCUAAUGCCAGUAGAACAUAAAGCAAGCAGAACUAAUUUGUACUUAUUGUACAAGAUGAUAGAACAUUGCUCAUGAUAUCAAGAGAUAUCCUUGACAUUAUAUGAAGCAUAAGAUUUAAGUGUCACUUCAAUAGACUGAACAUGGGCAAAACCUAGUCAAGCAUCAGGUGUGGCAAAGAAGUAUUUUUUAUUUUAAAUUUAUAUUUUGUCCAUGAUAUUGUAAAAAAAAAAGUGAGUGUAGAGAAAUCUGCCUUGGCUUCUCUUUAAAGCACCUACGUAUUUGUGAAGAAAAAGGUAAUCCUUUCCACAGUGGUUCUCUAUCUGGAUACAUUUACGCUGCAAUAUCACUUGGUCAUCUGCUCCACUUUCUUCACCUGGCUCUUUUUAACAAAAAUGGCUUUCUAUUUAUUUUUCCUUAUUUAUGUUAAUGUUUUUGUUUUGUUGUUCCUAUUCUCUUUCUAUUACAGUAUAUGCUAAUUGGGGGCAUUCCCAUUCUGACAUUUGGUUUCCCAGUGCAAGCCAGUGGUGACUGCUUAUAGUGUGCCUUGACAAGUAUUUUGAAAGCCCAUUGAUGAGUAAAGCUUAUUGGUGAGGCAUGAUAAAUGUUGAAGGUAGCUUCAGCAUGUGUUCAACCACUCAGUGGCAUGGAAUUGCCAGAGGGGAUAAUGGUAUCAGAGAUGUAGAUAAUUUGUAGGAAUGGAAAUACUAAAAUUAAUUUUGUGAACAUUUUUUGAUUGAUGAAGAUUAAGCCAACUAAGAGGUGGCAUGUGCAUGAAUAGCCCGUAAUCCGAAAAUUAGUGUGAAUUAUUUGUACCUGUUGUUAAUAAGUUAAUACAGUAUGAUAACAAUUCAGUAUAAAAUGACAACAUGACAAUUAUUAUUUGCAAGAUUUAGUCCUUGAUAAAUCUGGUUGGUGCAUUUGUUUCUUAGUCACAGUUACCAUUGUUAAAAAUGCCAUGAAAGUUGUGUGUUUAGAGUUAGGGACUUGCCGGUAAUUGGUGUUGGUAUUGACUUGAACUGACUGGACUUUUAAUUUUUGUUUCUCUUAUGGGUUUUUGCUCUUGAAUAAUUUUCCUGUAUUUACUUCAUUUUCAAACAAUUUCUUUUCAUAAUUUCUAAUUAAUUAAUUUAAAUCUUAAAAAAAAUCAGCUUUUAUUAAUAAUUAUCUAUUUUGUAGAAAGGAUCAAGUUAUUUAGAAUAUUUUUCGUCUUCAAAACUUUCUUUGCAAACAUUUGUAAGUGUUGACAAUUUCAUGUAGAGAGAGAGAGAGUAUAAAAUUAGUUUGAAUGGAAAAAUAGUUUUAUUAUUUUAAGUACAGUAUCAGUAUUUGGGAUGUGAUAAACUGGAAAGGAAUUUAUGGGAGCAAGGUAAUUAGAAAUACAGCCAGAGUGGUGCAUUAAGACAUGGUAGUUCCCUGACCAUUCUCCAUGGCUGUUUAACACUAGUGCAGCAUGAGCUUUAAAUAUCAAGCAAUAGUGCAGUAGAAAUGUGGAACCUGAGAAGCAUGUUACAAUGUUAUGAGAAUAGAGUAAUGAAUAAAAAUGUCUGAGAAUGAUCAGUGCUUAAAUCAGUAAAAUGUAAGAUUGAGGAGAAUUCAAGCGUGUUUAGUCACAAUAAAUGGUUGAAAGUGGUUAAAGAGAGUUUCCAAGAGAAUUGGAGGGUAGGAAGCCAGGAAUGGAAUCAAAUGAGAUGACAGCAGAUGUGGAAGGAAGUAAGGGUAGGUAGCAGACAGCAGCAGAUGUGAUAGGAAGUAUGGGUAGGUGGGAUACAGCAGAUGUGAUUGGAAGCAUGGGUAGGUGGUAGACAGCAGAUCUGAUAGGAAGCAGGAGUAGGUGGCAGACAGCAGAUGUGAUAGAAAGUAUGGGUAGGUGGUUGCAGUUUAUAAAGAAGUAAAUGUUGGGCAUGAUUAGAACAAAGCUCAAGAGAAGUACAAUAUACCUAACAUAAUAAGAUCAAAUGCUAGUCGUAAUAACUAGCAGGUGUGUAGUGGCUGGUUCUCUGAGAUGUAAUGUAGUCAUACAAUAUGGUUAAUGGAUGGGUAUCAUGUUUGAAAAUGUGUAUUUAGCUUUCUUUUCUAAUGUUUUCACCCUCACUUAUGUUCUGUAGGCUGAUGAAUUCUCACCCCUUUAAGGUGAGAAAUGGUAGGCACGAUUUAUAUUUCAAACAAGGUAACUAUUUAGUAAUGUAUGUACCAAAAUACUAUGACUUGUUAAAUCAUGAUUGAGGUAAAUACAAUGUUAGUCAGGUAUAGGAAUAUCUCACAUUUGAUACAGGAUCAUAAUUGUUUUUGACUUUACUGUAUAUUUUGAGUGUCUUACUUAUUACAGCUUAGAAAAGCAGCUUAAACACAUGAUCUCUCAUUCUAAAAUGUUUUAAUAUCUAAGCAUUUCAUUUCAACUGUUGAUGUACAAAAGAUGUUUUUUUCAAUGGUUUUUACCUUGGUAGUCACCAGUUAAUCUUAAAUUUUAAGGAAUAGAAAAUGUAAUAAACCAGUAAUACUGUAAUUUAAUAUAUUUUAUAUGAAUUUUGUUAUAUUGUUAAUGGAAUAAAUAUUUUUAUAUAU